CUGGAGGUUCCAUGUUCGAAUCUCCAAAAUAACACUUCAUUAUGAAAACAAACAAACAUAUGUCACCCUUAUAAAAAAUGAUACAUAGCUGAAAAGUGAAAAUUUUGAGUUAUGCUAGCCGACUUCCUAGAGCUGAUGAUGAUAGAAAGGGAAAAUGUUUCAAGAAUGAGAGUGCAAACACUAUAAAUAAAGUGUCAUCAUACAGUGGUAUUACCAUUGGUAUUGAACCUAGAGGUUCCAUAUUCGGAUCUCUUAAAUAACACCUAAUUAUGAAAACAAACAAACAUAUGUCACAAUUAUAAAAAAAAUGAUACAUAGCUGAAAGGUGAAAAUUUUGAGUUAUGCUAGCGGACUUUCUAGAGCUGAUUAUGUCAAUACUGUAAAGUUUUAACACAUUUUUUAAUGGGAAAUAUUAGUAUACAAAAUCUCUAUCUAUAGCCACCCUUUUAAUUGGGUCUAGUGGCUCAAAUUAAUUUCCAACAAAAAAAUCUAGAGGGGGCAUAUAGUAAUUAUGUGUGCCCCUAUCUUUUUUCUUACGAUUUUACGCAAAAAAUCAGAGGAGAGAGAGGAGAUAGUUGACCAGUCAAAGACUUCUUUUUCUAAUUCUCUAUUUUUCAUAAUCGAAUCCUAUAUAUAACAUUCAGUCUAACUCAAAAUUGAAUUUUUUUGCAAGAAAUAACACAUUAAUUAUGAUCUACACAAUGAUAUCCAUUUUGUUAUAUUUUGAGCAAAGAAAAAUGAACUCUUCAAAACACGUGUCAUUUGUAGUAUUAUCACGUCCAUAUAUAUCAUAUCAUCAUGAUAUUAAAGUGAUAUGAUUGCACAUAUCCUUCAUUUCAACUAAAAAAUAAAAAAUAAUUAUAUAGAAAGAACACAUUCAUUAAGAUAUACACAUUGAUAUACAUUUUGUUAUGUUUCAUCAAGCAUAAGACCUCAUGUUAAUAUCAUAUCAUGAUAUUAUCACUAUAUCAUUCAUGAUAUCACAUCAUAUAAUUAUUUUGUCAAAAUAAGGCUUCAUACCAACAUCAUAUCAAUGUCAUGCCACCAUCAUUAAUUAAGUGUUAUACAAUGAUAUUGAUGUUGGUAUGUUGUCAAAUGACAACAUAAGACAUCAUACCAACAUCAUAUCAUGAUAUUAUCACCAUGAUAAUAUCAUGAUAUUGUGUUGAUAAUAUCAUGAUAUUGUGUUGAUAUGAUAUCAUCAAAUUAUUUUGUCAAAUAUAAGAACUCAUAUCAACAUCAGCUCAACCUCCAAACUUGAAAAAUGACAUCAGUACCCCUCCGUAUUAACAACCAUCAGAUCUGCACCCCACCAAACCUCAGCCAUUGAUCGAUGAGUAUCUUGUAGAGCUACAAAACUCAUAGGAUUUGUAGCGGACCCUCCGUCUUGUCUAGUAGAGUAAUGUCUAUUUUUUAUCCAAACCUUUUUCAUAUUCUUUUAUAUUAUCCAAACCAUUAAAAUUCUAUUAAUUAUUCAAAUCUUUCAUAAUGCAUCAAAAUAUUAGCCAUUUUUACAUUAUCGUUAAUAAUUUUAUAACUCUUUCCUUAGUUAAAAUAUUAAAAUUUUGGAAUGUUGACAUUCAUGAGUCUCUUCCAAGUCAGUAUCAUGUUGCCAAGUAAAUAUUACUAACAAAAUUGCUAACUGUAAGUUAAUAUUUGGCUAAUUCUUAAUAUUUCAAUAGGUUUGAAUAAUAUAAAAGAAUCUGAAAAAAAUAGAUAAAAGAUAGACAUUACCCUUUCUAGUAUAAGAAUUUGUUUUGCCUAAAACCAUUAUCAAAUAGAUUGAAAGAGUAUAAUAAUUUUCUCUGUAGAGUUGGUGUGAGUACCACAUUUCGUGUUCUUGUUUCUUGUCUUAAAUUAUUGCUUCUCUUUAUCUAGCUCUAGUAUGACUUCCUUUUCUUUCUUUUGCAUAUAGAAACAUGAUUGAUCACAUAACGGUUUACUUAUUUACUAGAGUUAUCGUCAAAUAUAAUAUCACACCAUCCUAACACUAUUAUAUAGAGAUUUUUUGUGAGAACAUGUCUAAUUCUAAAAUUCCAGCCUUCUGUUUAAAUUUCGGGAGGAUAUUUUUUCCUUAUACUUAAUUACACCCUGGCCUUCAAUUUUAAACACACACCCGCACUCUAUUGGAUAAAGGACUUCGUUAAUUAUCACUAAUGGAGAAGAGAUUUCGUACAUAACAUUUUUUUGUCCUUUUUCUAUUCUAUUUGAUUAUGUGUUGUAAUUGUAAGUUAAUUAUGUUGAAGUUGUGUUUAAUUAUGUUUUCUAUUCCUUAUUUGAAAACAAGUUUGUUUAAUUAUGUUUAAGUUAAUAUUAUCAAUAGAUACAAAAUAAUAAAUAUUCAAUGUGUUAAUGAUAAUUGAUAAGUGUGAAGAGUAAGGUUGUCAAACAGGUUUACACCGUUAUAUCGGUUUAGCAAGUGGUAUGGUCAGAUCGCGAUACAACAAAUUUACAGGUCCAAUUUAACAAAACACAUGAAGAACUCAGAAACCAUUAAACCAAAUGAAUUGUACAUUUAUAUGAUCUAUAUAUUUAGCAGUGGAGGAGCCAUGACUUAAAAAUUAGAUGUGUAAUUUUUACAUAAUAUAAAUAUAUAAAUAAAUAUUUAAUACAUAUUAAAAAAUGAGAUCUAACACUAAUAUAAAGAUGUUCACCAUGAGAAUAUGGUUAAUUAAUUCUAAAUUUCUAGCCUUUUGAGUGAAUUUAGAGCGGAUACUUAUGUCUUUUAAUUUAAUAAAUACCCAAACAGAAUACUUUAUUAUACUAAUAAAAAAAAAUUCGCUGGAAACCUUUUUAAAACCAAUUAUUAUAUUAUUAUUAACUAAUUCUUUUGUUAUAAGGUUGUGCCUGUCUAUAUAUGAUUUAUUUAUUUUUUAUUAUUAAAUUAAGUGUUUGCGAAAUUUUUUUAUAUUUGUGACUUUGCUGAUUAACUAAUUAUUCAUUACGUAAUUAAAAAAUCAAAUACUUUCAAUUAUAACUUUGGAUUUUAGGUUUUCCAUAAAAUAUAUACAAAAUAAAAAAAUCAACGCGUGUGAAUUGAUAAGGUUGAGGAGGGUUAUGAAUAUAAUUAUGAAUGAUUUUUAAAUUAAUUAUUAAUUUAUUCUUCCAUUCUUUUUAAGUGUUGGUUUUCUCUUGGAGUGAUGAAAUGUAGAUCAUAAUCUCAAUCUAGAGACUAGAAGUUCAAAGUUAAAACAUGUAGCUAGAUAAUUUCUUUCUUAGGUUCUUUUUUGGAACCGAUAAAAAAAAAUUAUGAGAUCAUGUCAUCUUAGAUCUAGUUUUGAUUUAUAGUUUUACUUUAUCAUAUCACGAAACCAACAACUUUGUUUGCUUUCUUUUUUCAUAACUUUGCUAGGUUUAUAUUAGUGCGAUGAUAAUUCUUAUAAAAACUUGAUUUGACAGUAACAUAUUAUUUUGUUAUGUUAUAACUGCAUUAAUAUUGUUUCAAGUUUUGAAGUCUAUUCAUACUAUUAUUCAGUAUUAUAUUUAUUGAUUCUACGCAUUGAAAAUGUAUUCACCUUGGAGAAUCAUCUUAUUGAUAAUACUGUGUUCCGGUAUGAUCUUCAAAUUGCCAAGUAAAAGGGUCGGAAUUUUGGUGAAUAGCUUCCUUUAGUUACAGCUGACACAGUCUAAAGAGCACAAGUUAAGAGAUAGUUAAUUUCUCGCAAAUUUAGCAGACUGUAUCUCAUUUGCUUCAACUCUUAUUAUAAAUGGGUUAGAAAAACAAUAUUAAUUGUAACUUGCCAAAGAAAAGUUGAAGAAGACUAUGAUGAGCAAUUUUAUACGAAUUAUACAACAACAUCAAAGACAAUAGUAGCUAGGUAACAAUCUACCUCUACUAUUUAAUUGUUUUUAACUUCAAGUUCAUUCAUUAGAGAGAAAACAACGUACCCACUAAAAGAUAUAAUUUUCGAUCAAAUAAUGUAUCUCACUUUUUGUUAUUUUAUCGAUUCAGGAUUAGUUGUGAGUUCUAGACAACUUUUUUAAAAUCUAACUUUACCGUUCCGUAUCACGAGGAAGCUAUAUUUUUUGGAAUGAUGAUUGAGAAACUACUCAAAGAUAGUGAAAAAAAUGAGAGAUCAUUAACCUCCUCAUCUCAUACAAACCGAGAGCAUGAAGUUAAAUUUUCAUAUGAAGCUCUCCGAUUACAAUAUCGCGAAGCCCCUACGUGGGUACAUGACACGCUAAGACACAACACCUAACAAUGGCCAAGUGUAACCAAUGAAAGGGACUGCAGUAUAGUGGCACAAGUAAUAAAUAUCGAAUCCACGGGUCUCUAGAGUUACUAUUACUUAGCUUCAGUUCAUUAUCUAGCAAACUAGAUUAAGGAUUGAUUUACUAAACUACUCUACUAACUACUCUACUAAUUACAAGUUGGGAACUCACUUAGGUAUGAUUCCCCCUAGCUCCUCAAUUAGGUCCAAGUUGCAAUUACCUUUGGUUGAUCUACUGUUGAUUAAACUGCGAAAGAUCCUAAAUUAGCUUGGAAUCUCUUAACCUGACCAAGCCCUCUUAGACAGAAUACCCGGCAGGCGACUAGCCUUCACCGGGAUAGACUGCUAAGGCGAUUCACACAGAUCUCCACUACUGGAAUGAAUUCCAGUACAAAGUAGUGAAUUGAUUGACUCUCGCACAACCAAUUCACCACUAUCAAUCAAGGAAGCUCUCUUAACCUAAUCAGAUUCUAUCUAUCAUAGGUUAAAGCAGAAAUCAAGAGAAUUUGAUCAAGAUUCAAUUGACUCAAUAAGUCAUGCCUCAAUCGAUUAUAAUCAAACAAUAUAGCAUCCAAAACUUCAUACAAGAAAGAUCUAACACAUGGAACUAGAGUUCCUCAAAACCUAAGUGAAGGAAAGUUACUCCAUAGAGAAGAGAGAGACUGCAUAAAUCUGAUCUAGAUCUUCAAUCUCCAUCUCCAAGCUUGAUUCUCGAGCUCCAAUGGCAAAGAAAUACUCCAAAAUAGCUCCAAGAAUGUUCCCAAGUUGCUCUCUCUCUCUCUAGGGUUCGUCCCUUGGGUGUUUGGGAUCCAAAAACCCAGCUCUCCCUUUCCUUUGGCUCAAAUCUGCCUCAAAAACCCGAUUCUGGGCGAAAUACGGGCAGAAAUACGGUCGUAAUUCUUCCAUGCCCGUAUUUUGCCCAAAACACGCGUUUUGGUUAAGUUUCAGCGCAUCCAAAGCUCCUCUCGGCAGUGAAAAUACGGGCAUGGGAGGGUAAAUUACGGUCGUAAUUCUCCUGCCCGUAAUUCUUCCUCCGCCCCUGUUUAAUGCUUCGUUUCUCCCUCGUCCGGACUCCGAAUCAGUCGCCGUUUGAUCCCAGACGCUCGUAGUCUCGUCCUCUAUCUUUUCAUGACAAGAUUCCAUGAUUAUUUAUCCAUAAUAUGAGGUAGAAGUCCAUUCUUCCUCAGGUCAUGCUCGUGUUUCUUCUCCCGAAUUGCCAAAUGAAUUCCGAUUGACUUGAAACUUGCGCCUUUGCUUCAAUUUACAUGCUAGGACCUGAAAUGUGAAAAAGGAACACAACCUAGCAUAAAAUAGUCCAAGAAAGCAAAAACUCAAGCCAAAAUGAUCAAGAAAAGAGGGUGCAAACAUGUGCAAAUACGAUGUUAUCAGUACACAUUUUUUAAGAUAACGAAGGAUGAAGAAGAACAAUCUCAGACAAAGUUCAUGACAUGUACUUGGUAAAUUUAGGUUCUUGAAAAUGGAGUUUUCACAAUUCAAAAAAAUUUGCCAUUAAAUAUUUGCAUUCUGUGAAAUGUAGGAGAAGAAGGAAAAAUAUGCUAUUAUCAGAGGUAGUGAAUUCAGUGAUGGACAUAAUGACGUUAUCGAGAUAAAGAAAGAGAUGAUUGAUGGUGGAUAUAGAAAUGUAUGUGAUGGGAGGAAAGAGUGAAUGGUUGAUAAUAUUUAUGAUUUAUAUAUGAGGUGAUAUUCUAGCACCGUGAAAAGACAUUUCAUAUUUUUAAACAUGUUAUCAUUAAAAUGAUUUUCAAUGAAAUGCGUAAGAAGAAGGAACAAACUAUUGAUUAUGAUAACAAAUAAAUGUUUCGUAUAAUUACUAAUGUUUAUACUAUUCAUGCAAUUUUUUUUAUCAGAUUGAGAGAAGGCGUGUUUAAUUGGACACUUGCAACAUAGUUAUAAUCAAUUCGUAGGGCAACAGAGUUCAUCUUUCAUUUAACUUCCUCAUACUCCUUGCAACCUAACCUCCUUGGAACCUAACGAGAAAAUUCCGACCCAGCAACCCCUGCACCUUAAAACAAACGAAUCAAGCCACUAAAGGAAAGCCCGGAUCCGGGCCAAUUAUGAAAAAGACUACUCCUAAUUACGUACGCCUGCUUUGUUUUCUCCCAUGGUAUAAAUUACUUGCGCAGCUAGGCUAAUUAGCUGCUUCUAUCUACAUAUCAUCAUGGUGAAGCUCGUCGCUAUGGGAAAUGGCAGAGUAGUUGUGGUCGCGGCUAUCUGGGUUCGUCUCUUCCUCCUGGCUUGUGGGUUAAUUAAUCCUUCUCUUCCACUACUUAAUUAAUUUCUCAACUUCAAAAGCACAAAUUAAAUGAUAAGGUAGUAUUUUGCAGGUAUGACACAACUGAGCAUGUCAUCAUCAAGAACAAUGUAUCAGUGGCUGCAGCAGCAGAAGCAACAACAACGAUGCUCCAACAUCUCCGACUGCAAAUAUUUCGUGUAUUCAUCUGAUGCGCAGGGGAGCAGCAGCAGCAGCUGCUGCCGUUACGGACAAUGUAUCGGUGGUCGCUGCGGAUGCAGUAGUAGUAAUACUGCUACUGCUAGUGGUGCUGCUAUCCAUAGCCAGAGGAUGUUUGGUGCUGCAACUCUGACAUCCGAUGACACGAACUAUGAGGGUUGUAACAAAGGCGGGCACUGCGGAGAAGACGCAGAUUGCGCAAAACAAUGCCCCAAAGGAUAUCGUAGGCGUGUCACCUGUAGCUGUGGACAGUGCUGGUGUGGCUAUUGAUUUCUGGAGAAGCGAAAUUAAGUGAACUGCCAAAUGCCAUCUUCAAUGUCUUUUUUCUUCUUCUUCUUCUUCUUCUCUCCUUGUGUGCUGAUAGAAGCGGCGGGGCAUCUUGUCUUGGAUGAAUUGGCCAUGGGAAUGGAAUAAAUUUACAUGCGUGGAAAAUAAAUCUGUAGAUCAUUAUCUAAGGUUUUGUUCUUUGUGGUGAUUGGUGAAACAUAACCAACUUCUCUCUCUUUCCUUUUCUAGCUUUAAACAGAGGAAUAUACCACGUUUUGGCAGAGUAUGUGACCUCAAUAAGACAAUGAUAAGACCGGAUCAAAAUUUGUCACACCUUAUCAAGGCAAAAUGCCAGUUUAUGUCUAAAUCCUCCCUCUCUUUGAUAUAUGUAGUAUGUAUGGAUGAUUCAGAAGCAUAUAUAGAUAAAAGAUUUCUAAUUUGAAGUUGUUUUGUAUAGUUAUUUUAUGGUACUAAAUAUGAUUUUGAUUGGCCUCAAUCGUACUAAGUAUGAUUAUGAUUCAUCCCAUUUUCACACGGAGCAAGCUCAUUUUGUUAUCUUUGUUUGUUCCUUUUUUUUUUAGUGAAUCUUUGUUUGUUCCCACCUCUAUCUUGUGGUUGUUUGUAAAUGUGUUCUUUUUUGUCGGAAAAUGGAGCGGUUAAAGGGCGCCCCAACCUUUAUGUAUUAAUAAAACGGGGAGUUUUCAUCUCAUUUCUGUCAAAGUACAACCAAUAAGCGAGAUAUCUCGAGGGAACAUCAAUGAUAUGGACCCCCUACAGCUGGGCUAUGGCCGAUGGAAGCUAAGUAGUCAGCAACGUAGUUCCCCUCCCUAUAAACAUGCUCAAUCCAAACCUACCAAGGAUACUGAAGCCAACGUUGUAUCUCGGCUAUGGCUACAAAGUGUGGAUGAUGAUGCGAAGCCGUCUCAAUGAGAGUCUUCGCUAUAAGAGAGUCUGUAUGUAGAAUUACCUUCCUAGCCCCUAGUUCCCUAGUAAGUUUCAGUCCCUGCAAAUCCCAGCCAGCUCUACACGGGUAAUGGAACCCCCUCCCAGAUUCACAGUAAAAGCUCUGAUAAAGCGGUCAUCGCCUCCUCUAACGAUGCCGCCAGCAGCCGUGCUAGAAGGAGAGUGGUUAACCAAAUUGUCGGUGUUCAGGCAUACCCAGCCCUGUGGGCUGUGGUGGUGGCUGCCAGCGAAUCAGUAGUCUCUCUGGAGGUCCCCCUCCUCCAAACGUGGUGGUCUCCUUAAGUGGUUAUGCAAUUUCAAAGGCCAAUGUAGUUUCGAGGUUUGUGGUUGAAAUUACGGCUAAAUUUCUCAAUUCUUUUUGAACUUAAACGAAAACAAAUCAGCAAGUGAAGGUUGUAAGUAGAUGUAAAAAGCAUUGUCUAUAGUUUUCCCAAGGCUACUAGAUUCCCAAAUCAUUCACUCCCUACAAUUUCUAGAGUUUUAGGUCUUGUUUGCUUCAGGGUUUUUAUCAUGGAUUUGGUGCACAAAACCCAAACCUCAUGGACUUGGAACAAAAUCCAAGAUUUUAGGGGAGAUAAAUCCGUGGGACCCAUAGAUUUUGAUGGUCCAAAUCUGUGGGCUCCAUAGACUUGCAAAUUCAAUCCAAAGGGGUGGGAUUUGGGUGAGGGUGGGAAGUCCAUGAUGGAACUUUACUCUUUUAUCCCCACUCAUUUUGUUAAUGACAAAUUUGUCCUCUUUAUUUUUGCUAACUCUUUAGAUUAGAGAUAACGAGAGACUCGAGAAGAAGUGGUAAGACAUGAAGGAAAAACACAAAGAAGAUGGUGGAAUGUGCUUGAACUUAACAAGCAUUAGAGGUGUUCAAACGGUUUGGUUACCGUAGUAACCGUUUUAACUUGUACUAUUUGGAUAAUUUGGUUUGGUUAAUUUGGAUAAUUGGUUUGGUUUGGUUAAAGUUUUUAGCUUGUUUGGUUUAGGUGGUUUGGUUUGGUUUUAGACACUCCUAACCAAUCAAACCAAAUUAACCAGUUAAGUAAUU